AUGACUCAUAUUCGACAUAUACAGACACUUUCUGGUCAUACUGAGCGUAUAUGGAACAUUUCUUUGCAUCCAACACUUCCUUUGCUGGCUUCUGCAUCAUCUGAUAAAACUGUGAAAAUUUGGUCGAUACAAAACGGUCGUUGUAUAGCAACAUUGGAAGGUAAUCAUCAACGAAGUAUUCGGUCUGUUUCAUGGAAGCCUCAUGUAAAAGAAGAACGACCUAUUCUUGCAACCGCUAGUUUCGAUGGUACAGUAGGUAUUUGGGAACCUGAUUGCGAAGAUAAAUCAGAAUGGGAAUGCGUGGCAACAUUAGAAGGACAUGAAAGUGAGGUAAAAAGUGUUGCAUGGUCAUCAGAUGGUGGGCUGCUUGCAACAUGUUCUCGAGAUAAAAGUGUUUGGAUUUGGGAAGCUGAAGAAGAUAAUGAAUUUGAUUGUUUAUCUGUGCUUCAGGAACAUACACAAGAUGUAAAGAUGGUUUUAUGGCAUCCUGAGGAUGAACGAUUGGCAUCUGCAUCUUAUGAUAACACGAUUAAAAUUUGGAAAGAUAAUCAAGAUGACUGGGAAUGUUACGCAACUUUAUCUGGACACAAUAGUACGGUUUGGUGUAUUGAUUUUGAAAGUGGACUAUCACAUAAUCCGAGACUUGUUUCUUCUUCUGAUGAUCAGACGAUUAGAAUAUGGCAACGAGAACUUGUCGCUCAGGACCAGUUGAAUGUGAUGCCUAUUCUUGUGUCUUCUGAGGAAACUUGGGUUCAAAAAACAGUUUUGCCUAAAGUUCAUAUAGGUGCUAUUUAUUCGGUUUCAUGGAGCAAAACAUCAGGAAAAGUCGUUUCUUGUGGAUCCGAUGGUAAUUUGGUUGUAUAUAAGGAAGACGAGAAGCACUGGAUUAUUGAAGCUUUGCAAAAGCAUGCACAUGAUGUUUAUGAAUUAAACUGUUCAAUCUUUGGCAAUAUUUCUGACACCGAAUAUAUUUUUACUGGUGGUGAUGAUGCAAAUAUAAAUAUUUGGGAACUAAAAUCUACAAAUAGUUAA